UCCACCUGCUGGAGCAAUAUCAUCUGCAAGACACACACUUUGAGGUUCGUUUGUGAUCAUCACCAACAGUUCUUGAGUGAAGUGAUUCGUUUGCUCCCGUAUAGAACACCUUCAAGAUGAGGCAGAUCCUGGCGCUGGUACUAAGCGUGCUUGGAAUGGCGCUGGUGAACGCUACUUGCAUCCUCGAUGCGCGCUGCCCACUGGUGGAGGAUGUGAAUAAACCAACCCAUCUGCCACACUCGGACUGCAAAAAGUUCUCCAUCUGCUCGUACGGUCAGGCCUGUGAAAAGUCUUGUCCGGAGGGUCAACACUGGUCCACCGCUUUGCAGCGCUGCGAGUGGCCAAACGUCGCCUGCUGUGACCCAUCAGUCGCGUGUGAUCCCACCCUAGCCAACCCGACGGUGGUACCCGAGGCCACCACGAUCGACACACCGGUGGCAUCAUUGUGCACUGCAGACGCACGAUGCCCGCUCUAUGAAGAUCAGAACAAUCCAACACACCUGUCACACGAAAGCAACUGCGCUCAGUUCUACACCUGCUCGUACGGCCGACGCUGUCUGAAGCAAUGCCCCACAGGCCUUCACUUCAGCGCGCUGCUGCAGCGUUGCGAGCAUCCAUCCGUUGCCUGCUGCGAUCCUUCGACAGUCUGCCAAUCGUUGGCGACUACUUCGACGAUCCCGACCACUUCAGCCGCCGUGGUCUGCCAACCCGAUGCAAGAUGUCCGCUCGUAGAGACCAAUCCAUUGGCACCGCUGCUACUCCCCGUACCGGGCAAUUGUGGCGCUUUCUACAAGUGUCGUACCGGAGACGCCUGUCUCUUAACUUGUCCCGCUGGGCAACACUUUAGCCAGACGCUGCAGUUGUGCGAACGACCCACCGUUGCGUGCUGCGAUCCAUCCGUACCGUGUUGAUCCGUUUCAAUGUUAUCAAGAUGUCUUUCACAACCAGAUCGGAACACGCUGAUUGCUGAAAGGAACAAUAAAGAUUUAGUACACUGCA